CUCCCUCUCUCUCAUACCAUUUUCCAUUUUACCAAUACUCUCUCUCUUACUCGUAAAAGCGCCACCACCACCACCCACGACAACAACAUAUCCUACAAUGCUACUACUACACUUGCUCUCUCCUCUCUAGGGGAAAGUAAAUCAGCCAAUCCCUUCAAUUUUUUGCAGAAAACAAAGCCAUAAAAAAAGCUAUAUAUCCAACCAAAUUAACCUCACAAGUUUUCUAGGAUUGAUCAAAUUAACAACAGCCAGAAAAGGGAGAUUUCAAGAUCCUCCCUCUCUCACUAGAAGAUCAGGUAAGUGGAGUCAUCAUGGACCCAAUCACUCAAGAAAUGCUGUCAUCAAGCACCGAGAUGAACACUUUCAGCACCACCUCUCCGCCGUCGUCGUCGUCGUCCGCCGCCACCACGAUGGGGUCCUCUUCCUCGGCGUCGUCCCCCACCACUCUCAGCCGAUACGAGAACCAGAAGCGGCGCGACUGGAACACCUUCGGGCAGUACCUCCGCAACCACCGGCCGCCGCUCUCCCUGGCCCGCUGCAGCGGCGCCCACGUCCUCGAAUUUCUCCGGUAUCUGGACCAGUUCGGGAAAACCAAGGUCCACACCCAGCUCUGCCCCUUCUUCGGCCACCCCAACCCCCCCGCCCCCUGCCCGUGCCCCCUCCGCCAGGCCUGGGGCAGCCUCGACGCCCUCAUCGGCCGCCUCCGGGCAGCCUAUGAGGAAAACGGAGGCAAGCCUGAGGCCAACCCCUUCGGCGCACGGGCUGUCCGCCUUUACCUCCGCGAGGUCCGCGAUUCGCAGUCCAAAGCCAGGGGGAUCAGCUACGAGAAGAAGAAGCGGAAGCGCCCUCCGCCGCAGCCCGCCUCAUUGCCGCCGCCGGAGAGAGGAACCUGAUUCCCAUAUUGCAUGGAAUGUCGAUCAUCUCUUGCUGUUUUUAUAGUCUAUCUCUACUAGCACUAAAUUAAGUCAUUUCAUGAAUCAUGCAUCAUCUAUUAAGCCAAGGUACCCUAACUUUUUCCCUAUCCUUAAUUCUUACAAGAUUGUUGUCUUAUGCUAUUUUUAGUAUAAAUGUUCGUUAGAUUU